AUACACACUCUUCGGCAGGAGAAGCGCGCAGCUGCGUGGGGGAAAAACCAAAACGGCGCAGUAGGAGGGUCUGUAUCACUUUUACAAUUUCUUUCAGGAAGUCAACUUUUUUUGGUCGUGAAGUGAAGUGUUGUCAGGUGUAACACUAGUGUCUUCAGUCUAAUUAGCGUUGAUGGUAAACUUUUCUUGCCUGGCUCCAUCAUGUCGGACUCUUCUUUGGAGCGGUCCACGAAGAUCAACUUGUUGAAGGAGCCGGCGGUGAAGAAGCUCUGCGAUGUGUUGGACAAAUCCAGCAAGAAAGGAUGGCGAAAACUUGGAGAGAUAGUCGGCAAUGACAGACGGUUCAGAGUCAGCUCAGACGACAUGGAGAUGUGCUCUCUGAAGGUGCUGGAGCUGGAGGGAAGCCCGAGCCGAAUGCUGCUGAGGCUAAUGGGAGAACGAGGCUGCACCACGGGUCAGCUGGCCGACUACCUCCUAACUGUGGGCAACUCUGAGGCCCUGCAGUGCCUGAAACCUCCAGCCCUGCAGAUCCUCCUUCAGCCCCAGUCGGUGGCUCUUAUAUCCGGUCAUAAUCUUCGGCUGAGCUGCCUUGCUUCGGGCAGAUCUCCAGUUCAGUACCAGUGGUUCAAGACCAAGGAAGAGGUACCAAACAGCUUCUCUGCGGACCUGGUGAUAAGUCCAGUCCAUCUGAAGGACGCUGGCUUUUACAUAUGCAGGGUCAACUCUGGAGAUGCUUUUGAAUUCAGCCGUUGGGCUCAGGUGGAAGUCAUGGAUGUCACUGUGUCUUGCGGGCAGAGUUAUCACUCCUUAGAGGGUCGGCUGAAGAUGGUGAUCCAGCCUCAGUCCCAGCGGCUAUAUGUAGGGGAGUCCCUGCAGCUGGAGUGUGGAGCGGUGGGACGGCCCAUCCCUCGAUACCAGUGGCACAGAAAUGGCGUACCGCUCUCCAAUGCCACAAAGAGGAAACUCAUGAUUCCUCACUCGAUACAGGAUCAUAGCGGCAGGUAUCGCUGUGAAAUCAGCAGCAGCACAGAGAGAAUGUGGUCCAACGAAGUGGACAUAGUGAUCGAACCGAGGAUAUCUGUCCAGAUUUCAGUGGCAAUGGAGUGCUCAGAAGAUGAUGUUUUAACCAUUGGAGAAGGUUCCAGUGCAUUUUUCCUAAAUAGUAUCCCAGAUCAUCUUUAUGGUAAGUGUCUGUUCAUUUCAUUGUGUUGGUGAAUCAUAAAUAUAUGACCACUUUAUUGUUAACCUGUUUUUUCCCUUACGUAUUUUAGUGAUUUAUAUGGCUGACGCACAGUUCCUCUGUAUGUCAGCUUUGUAACUGUCUGAUAUCAGGACCUUUGUCAGUUCCUCCCUCAAAAUAAACACCAAAGAA